AUGGGACAGGACCAACUCCUCAAGGUUCUCUCGGCGCAUUUAAGAGAGGGCGACUCGAGCUUCUUCUUCCAACACCCCCACACUCUCUCCAGCAUGGAAAAGCAACGCAAACACGACUAUGCCACCUUUGUCACGACCUACACCCAGUAUGCUCAGACGGAAAACUUGGAUCAAAUGCGCAAGAAGGAGUUUCGCCGCCUCGGGAAAGCCAACGAGAUUUACGUCGACUAUAUGGGUGGUGCAUUAUGGCCAGAGCACCUUGUUGCUACUCAUUCGACGAUUCUACAAGCUGGUCUUUUUGGAAACACACACUCUGACAGCCCAUGUGCACUAAGGUCAGACCACCAUAUUGCUGCGGCAAGACGCGCUGUCCUCGACUUUUUCGAUGCACCAUCAGAGGAAUACGUCUGCAUCUUCACCUCGAAUGCCACGGCGGCUCUCAAGCUUGUUGGAGAGAGCUUUCCGUUUGAUCCUACCGGACGACUUGUUCUCCCGGUCGACUGCCAUAAUAGUGUCAACGGCAUCCGACGAUUUGCUGAACGCGCCGGAUCGGUAGUCACCUAUCUCUCUGCUGGCACUCACGGCGGCUUUAGGGAGCGUGAAGCGCUGGACGUUUUGCAUCAAUCAAACGCAGAUCACGGUCCCUCGCUGUUUGUGGUCACUGGCCAAUCGAACGUCACUGGCAUCCGUCCUCCCCUGUCAAUCCUGGCCGCCGCGAAACAAGCUGGUUGGGCGACGCUUCUCGAUGCCGCUGCUCUGGCUUCGUCCACUCGUAUCUCUCUUAGCUCUCUUGGCCACGUCGAUGCGAUGGCUGUCAGCUUUUACAAGAUGUUCGGCUAUCCGACUGGCGUGGGCGCGCUCAUUGCCAAGAAGAGUUUUCUAGCUACCCUCAAUCGACCAUGGUUCAGUGGAGGAGCUGUGGACUUUGUACAGAGUCCCGGAGGUUUGGCAUUGCCGGCAAGUGAUUUGAUUGCACGUUUCGAGGAAGGAACAUUGAAUUACGCUUGCCUUUCGGCUAUUGAGCCCGGCCUCGAGUUUUUGAAAAAGUAUAUGCCGUCGCUCGCGGUGCGACUUCCAGCCCUUCACCACUACCUUCACACAUGUCUCGAAUCACUCGUCUAUCCCGGAACCAACGCCCCACUCAUCCGCAUCCACACGAAAAAGCGGUCCCUACAUGCACCAGCUCAGUUAAGCUAUGCUCGAGACACAUCCAUGUCCCAUCAGUUAUCCUCUGAGACACCUUUUGCAUCCAGUACUGCCUCUUUCAAGCGGCUGUUCACUCGCAAGUCCACCUCGUCGGGUCUUCCUACCCCACCCCAGACACCGAAGAUGGAGCAGAAACAACUCCAUCUAUCGUCAUCCAAUACGCUCUCCCUACCGCCUAAAAAGUCUUCUCGACGGCCUAUGACGGCUCCCGCUCGAACCUCGGAUGGGCUAGCAACCACUUCAAUCUCCGAAUCGCGCCAAGAUGAAGCGCAGAAGGAAGAGGGCCAAGGAUAUGUACUGUCAUGCACAUUCUACACGAGCUCGGGGGCGAUGAUCCCACUCGCCCACAUCUCUAAGCUCGCAGCAGCUCACGGCAUCUCACUGCGAACUGGAUGCGUUUGCAAUCCCGGAGGAGCAGCCGCGCUGCGAGGUAGCGAGGCGCAGCAGAAGAUGCAGACUGUCGAGGCGGUUUUCCUCGACUCACAUGGGGGUGUGCUCCCUCAUCACACGACCAAGGUUGACAUGCAGCGGGAUAUGGAAGAGGUUUGGAGCGUUGUUGGAGGCAUGGACGGUCUUGGUGUCGUUCGCAUCAGCCUCGGAUUGGCCAACAACUUUGACGAUAUUUGGAGACUCGUCGCAUGGGCGAGAACUCUUCUCGACGAACCAGAAAGGGAGCGAAGGCUCGCUCGACUUAUGGCGUAA